UUUUCUUUUUCUUUUAGUUUUUUUAUUUAUUUAAUAAAUGACAAGACAACCGGCAAUAACGAGAGUAGCUACAGCACCUCUGUUAACAACUAAAGAGGAACAAAAUUCACUACUUUCUCCACCUGUUGUCAAUAAUCCUAGAUCUACUCAACUUCAGUUUAAACUGGCUAAACAAAGACCACUUCAUUUUAGAGCAAGACUAACUCAAUUUGAUUUAUCAAAUACAGAUAGUUCAAAUGAUGCAUUUCGUGGAUUUUAUACUUUAUUUUGGAUUGCUAUGGGACUCUAUGUGAUUCAAACAGUAGUUUGUUGUUACGAACAAGAAGGUAUUUUACUUAGUUUAGGCUUUUAUCGUUUAUUUUCACAAGAUGGUAUGGCACUUUUGAUUUCCGAUAUGGUGAUGAUUUCGAUGACUUUAUUUAGUGUCCUAUUUUCAAAGAUGUUUAUUUGGGGUAUAUUGCCUUAUGAAACAGUUGGUUUCAUCAUUCAACAUAUGUGUCAAGCUAUUUUUUUAUUCAUAAAUAUUUAUUGGACAUUUUGGAGAAAUUGGCCCUGGGUACAAUCAGGAUUCUUUACUAUGCAUACAAUUGUUAUGAUGAUGAAGAUGCAUUCUUACACUGCUCUUAAUGGUGACUUAUCAGUUAAAUUAAGACGUCUAAAGCAAUUAAAAGCUGAAUUACCAAAUAUGAUUGCUACUGCCAAUCAUGAUACUAAUGCAUCGAUUCAACAUGUAGAAGCAGAGAUUGCGUUUCUAGAAGAAGAAAUGGUUCAUGGCAGUACGCGCUUUCCGAACAAUGUAACAAUAAAGAACUUUUUAGAUUAUUUACUUGUACCAAGUUUAGUUUAUUGGAUGGAAUAUCCUAGAACAGCAAAGGUUCGAAUUUGGUAUGUAUUUGAAAAGACAACAGCUACUCUGGGUUCAUUCUUAAUGCUUUAUGUAACAACUGAACGCUAUAUUCUUCCAAAGCUUUAUAACCCAAACAUGUCUGAACCUCGUGUUAUUCUCGAACUCUUGUUUCCUUUCAUGAUUAACUAUAUAUUCAUUUUUUAUAUUAUUUUUGAAUGUAUUUUAAAUGCUUUUGCUGAGUUAAGCAGAUUUGCGGAUCGAAACUUUUAUGAUGACUGGUGGAAUAGUGUCACUUAUGAUGAAUUUGCUCGUAAAUGGAAUAAGCCAGUACAUCAUUGGUUACUUCGACAUGUUUAUGCUCAAUCAAUUCAAUCAUACAAACUAUCAAAACCAAACGCAACAUUUAUAACAUUUUUGUUAUCUUCUUUGUUUCAUGAAUUAGUAUUAGUUAUUGUCACACGAAAGAUUCGACUUUAUAUGUUUGGCAUUCAGAUGUUACAAUUACCUAUGAUUGUUAUGGGUAGGAUGCCUUUAUUUAGAAAACGAUUUUGGAUAGGCAAUUCAUUCUUUUGGCUCUGUAUGUUAUUCGGUCCUCCUUUGUUAGGGAUUUUAUAUUGUCGGGAAGCAUUUUGGGCAUCCUGGGCAAGUCCUCGUAUCUCCACUGAUACUACUUUUUAAAAAAGAAAAAAAGAAAAAAAAAAAAAAAAAAAAA